UCUGAAUUUUCAGUCCCCUGAUGGCUGAAUGGCUGAUACAUAAUUCGAGCGAGGUAAAAUUCCGAAGACUCCCUUUGUCGCGGCAGCUGCCGGAACGCGAUCGUCUCGCUGCUAAAGCUCUCUCUAUACGCAAUAAAAGAUCAGUAGUUUCAUUUAUUUCAAUGCCAACAGCCUAACACCAAACCAAAUUUCCCAAUUCUUCCUUCAAAUCAGUUACAAUAUCACGUCUUUCUCUUUGUCAUUUUAUCGAACACUUACACUCUUUUCUUUUGAAAAAUAAACUCCAGAAACAAUGUUUCGAAGGUCGAUUUUGGGACUUUCGUCUCGUCAAUCAGGGAGGAGGAUCCUGGUUACAUCUUCUCAGACAAUACCAUCAUAUCUUUUUCUGAGGAAGGAAUUUUCAAGCUCACCCCAGAACCCAAAUGUUGGUUUGAGUGGCAAAAAACCUGAAUCAAAGAGUAGCUUACCUAAAUUUGUUCUGGGGACCGCUGUAGUUGCCGGUGCUGCUCUGUUCACAUAUCAAUCAGGUUACUUAGACAAAUAUCUAGACAAAUAUUUGGGCAAAGAGCAGCAAAACUCGGGUAAGAUUGGCAUUGAUCAUAAAGAUGUCAAGGAAACUCAGCAUUUGGAAGAGCAAGUGCCGGUUGCCGUUAAUGUAGAGCCUGGCAAAUUUAGUGAUGAAGUGGAGCAGAAUUCACAACAGGUUGAAAGUCAGAUAGAUCUUCCACAAGUUGAAGCUCAACAGAAAACUGAAACUCAUAUAGAUUUUCCUCAGGUAGAAACUAAGCAGAAGCCUGAAACUCACGGAAGUCUUCCUCAUGUUCAAGCCGAUGAUAGGGUUGAAGCACAUGCAGAUGUUCAUCGUCAAGAAGCCUUAAGCGAAACACAAGGUCAAAAGCAUCCCUACACUGAAGAGAAAUCUGCAAAAGAAGAUGCUUUAAUUGCUGUUCAAGAGAAACAAGAACCGGAAUUUUCUCAAAGUUCCAAUACCGAAUAUAGUGUUGUUGUGGAGAACUCAGAAUCAAAAUCUACUAGUGAAACAACUGAGGGAGUCCGAGCUACACAAGUACAAACUCAGCUCAGGGUGGCUCCUGAAGAGAAUCAAAUGAAAACAGUGCCAUCUCACACUCUUGCUACAGAAGACAGAUUGGAGGCUUCACUGGGCAAAGGGUCAGAAGUAGCUAAUUUACUUGACACAUACCAUCUCAAGGAUAGGGCUGAAGGAAGCACCAUAAAUGAGGCCUCAGGAGAAGAGGCUCUUGUUAGUGCCAUGGAGGAAUUGAAUGAUAGUUUUAUAACAAAGGAUGGAAAGUUGAUUAUGAGUUUUCUGCAAGCAAUUCAUGCAGCUGAAAAGAGGCAAGCUGAGAUAGAUGCCCGUGCCUUUGCUGAGGAGAAAAGGGCAAUGAAGGAGAAGUUUGAAAAGGAAUUGAGAGAUUUAAGAGCUAGGGAACUUAUGUGCGCAGAAGAGGCAGCACUACUUGAUAAGGAACUAAAAAGAGAGAAAGCAAAAGCAGCAGCUGCUAUUAGAGCAGUUCAAGAAAAGAUGGAAGAAAAACUCAGGAUGGAACUUGAACAAAAGGAAAAUGAAGCAAAAAUGAAUUUGAAAAAGUUUCAGGACCUGGCAAAAGCAGAAUUGGCUGCAGCAAUUGCAAAUGAGAAGGCAGCACAACUUGAAAAAAUUGUUGAAGCAGAUCUCCAUAUAAAUGCCUUGUGUAUGGCAUUCUAUGCACGGUCUGAAGAGGCUCGUCAAAUUCAUUCUGUUCACAAGCUUGCUUUGGGAGCACUUGCAUUAGAAGAUGCACUUUCCAAAGGACUUCCAAUUCAACAAGAGAUUGUUGCUCUAAACACCUAUCUAGAAGGCGUUGACAAGGACUCUCUUGUACACUUAGUUAUAUCAACCCUCCCUGAAGAAACUCGGUAUCAGGGUACAGAUACUUUGUUACAACUGAAUCAGAAGUUCAAUGCCUUGAAAGGCACACUGCGGCACUACAUUCUGAUCCCACCCGGUGGUGGUGGUGGUGGUCUGUUGGCACAUGCUAUGGCUCAAAUUGCAUCCUGGUUGAGGUUUAAGGAAGUUGACCCUUCUGGUGAUGGGAUUGAAUCUAUUAUUAGUAGAGUUGAGAUUUUCCUAGCUGAGGGCAAGCUUGCUGAAGCUGCUGAUGCUCUUCAAGAAGGAGUGAGAGGCAGCCAAGCAGAGGUGAUGGCAGAUGAUUGGGUGAGACGGGCAAGGAAUAGAGCUAUUACAGAGCAAGCCCUAACUGUAUUGCAGUCUUAUGCUGCUUGCAUCAGCCUUACUCAAUGAUGAUAUUCUAGCAUAUCAUUAAUUUUAGACUUAAUAUCACUAUAACGGAUUUAGCUUUCAAUCUUGCGGUACUGUUCAUUUUCGAUGAUUACCCACACAGGAAGAACGACAAGGAGUUUCUUGUCAAUCCAGAGUUUUUGUAAUGGUUUUGACACCAAAAUUUGUGUAGAUCGUCCACACUUACCAUGAAUAAAAUUUUGUUUCUUCCAGAUAAAUUUAACCAAUUCCUCUUUUUA